UCAUGUUUCAGGGAGGACAAGUGGUCAAGUACACUGCCAUGUUAGCUUGUGGCAACUAUCAUGGAGUUGUGGGCUUUGCAAAAGGAAAAGGCCCAGCAAUUCCCAUUGCCCUCCAAAAGCCACUUUUGACAGGUAUUCAUGAACUUACUUCUUCAGAUGGUCUGAAUCCCCUUGUUGUUGAUGAUCGUGCUUUGGCAGCAGAUGCACUGCCUCUUGAGGGAGGAGGAUGGUGCAACAAUGUUACGACUUGCCUCUCAUGAAAAGAAAACCAUUUGGGUUCAUCCAAGAAGACUGGGUUUGAUGUCUACUUCUCCAUGGCUAGGGGGGGAAUGCCACUUUGCCUGCUAUGGAAAUGACCAAGUGCUUCGACAUCAGCUAGCGAAUGUUGAUGCAGCAACAGUUAAAAUAGUCAUGGCUGGAGCUGGAUGUGAAAAUGGUAGUAAAGUGGAACAAGUGCCAUUUACCAAAUUUAUAUAUUGGAAUGGAAUGCAUGCGGGCACAUUUUAA